AUGAGGACCCCACGACGCAUGAGCAGCGGAAGGUCUUCGUGCUCAGUUUUCGAGGAUCGCGAACAGCUGCAGACUGGGCGGCAAACGCUGCGGUGGUGCCGGACAAGCAGAAGUUCAAGGAGCAGGGCCUUUGGGUUCAAGCGGGUUGGGCCAGUUCCAAAGUCCGCUGAAGGCUUGGUCCACGUGGAUGCACUGGUGGAGAAGUUUCUUGCCGCGCUGCAAGAGGAGGACCCAAGCAGCUUGCACGCUGUGCUGCUUUGUGGCCACAGCUUGGGCGGGGCACUGGCACAAGUCACAGCGAUGCUGGCUUACCAGGAGGUGCUGCGCGGUCGCCUCGGUUCCGACGUGGCGCGGCUCCUCUCGCGACUGCGCUGCUUCACCCUGGCUGCGCCACAGCCCUUUGCGGUGGAUCCGCAGGGUGAUGCAGGCAAGGCCUUGGAGUGGAUGUCGCACGCGGUGAAUUAUGUGAACAACCAGGAUUGGGUGCCGCGGCUGCCGGGCAGCGUGGAGUUCUUGGAAAAGGCGGCGCCGGGCUGCAAGAUUGACAUGGACUUGGAGUUUUUGAAACUCUUCAGGACGGUGACCACCACCAUCUUCCUCACCUCGCGGGCGUCCGAGACCCUGACGCCCGCGGAGGCGUCGCAGCGCCUGGCAGAGUCGGCACCGCUGAAGCUCCUGGGAGGACUCGCGGAGCACGAAGUGAGGAGCUACUGUGAGCAGAUAUUCACCACCUUCGGCGCCACCUCACAUCUCUUCGGCCAUGGCGCGAGUUCCUGGACGUCCUCCGGCUACGACGGGGGAUCCAAGGGCAUGGGGACGAGCCGCUGCGGGGCGUACAAGUCUAAGGAGGGAAGCUGCUAUGAAGGCCAGUGGAAGGAUGGCUUGCCAGAAGGCCUGGGAGUGCUGAAAUGGCCGAAUGGCAGCUACUUCCAGGGUGAGUGGCGUGCUGGGAAGAGGAAUGGCCAGGGGCUGUUGAUUUACCCCGACGGCAGCAGCUUUACAGGUGAAUGGAAGGACGAUCAGAGGAAUGGCUCAGGCGUCCGAAAGUACCCCGAUGGCAGCCUCUUCAAGGGCGAAUGGAAGGACACCCCUUUUUUUGGUCGUGGAGUUUGCGAAGGCGGCGCACUUAAGUACCGACGCCUUUUGGAGAGAGUUCGAAAGGGAGAGAAAUGGAGGACCAGAAGACUGGCCUGGGCCUCCUUACGUGGCCUGAUGGGAGCACUGUCCACGGGGAGUGGUGAGUUCGCCAUGGACGCCGACGACGUGCCGAUGACAGGUCGUCUCCGUCGGGUGGAGACGGAGGCCUCCGUCUCUCAGGCGGAGCUGAAGGACGUGAAAGAGGAAGCGAAGGUCGGUGGCUCUCGAUAUAUCUUUGCCACCCCGAAUGGGUUCAUAUGCCGGAUUCUGGACGUUGAAAGUUGGAGCCAAGCCUGCACGACUUGGUCUCUACACCCGCACAGCGCGACCAAAAAACGUCCGGAAGGAGGGGCACCACAUGGCAACGUGAAAUUGUCAAGACACUCUACAAGGCAUUGA